AUGACUGAAUCCGAAGAAACCCAAGCUCCAAUCCCAGUCAUUGACAUCUCCAAUCCUUCCAAAGAAGUUGCACAACAGUCCCGCGAGUUUUUCCAAUCUCCCAUCGAGCAAAAGCAAGAAUUCGCAAUUCACUCUGAAAAAGCAGGUGGCAUAAACCGCGGCUGGGUCUCCAUGCAGGGUGAAUCGCUAGACCCAGAUGGGCAAAAGGACCAAAAAGAAGCCUUCAACAUCGCCCCACCCAACCCAACCCCCCAACCCCUCCCCUCCCCCCUCUCCAAAAACGCCCCCCUAAUCUCCCGCUUCCAAAACACCUGCCAAACCCUCUGCACAACCCUCCUCGCCCUCCUCGCCCAAGCCCUAGAAAUCCCCGACCAGGAAUACUUCACCACACGCCACAACCAAUCCCUCGGCCCAUCAGGAACAAUCUUCCGCCUCCUCUACUACCCCCCCUCCCUCCCAUCCACCCAAAAAUCCAUCCGCGCAGGCGCCCACUCAGACUACGGCACCCUAACCCUCCUCUUCCGCCUCCCCGGCCAACCAGGCCUCGAACUCCUCACCCCCUCUCACACCUGGAUCCCCGUGCCCGUGAACCCCUCCCCCUCCACCCUCCCCCACCCCCCGAUCCUCGUCAACAUUGGCGAUUUACUCAGUUUCUGGACCCGCGGAAUGCUCAAGAGUACGGUGCAUCGGGUUGUGCUUGAGGAGCGGCGAGGCGGCGCGGGAGAGAUAUAG